AAGAAGGAUCCAACCUUCAAAAGCCGGCUGUUGUUUUUUUUUUACCUUCUUCCUUCUGUCACACUGGAAUCUAACAUAUGGCGACCAAAGGGAUGAAUGUGUGCAACAUUUGCUGCCUCCUGCUUUACAUCAGCACCGCGGUGCUUGCCGGGCGAGAUUUCUAUAAGAUUCUGGGUGUUGACAAGAGCGCGACCGUGCGGGACAUAAAGAAGGCCUACAGAAAACUGGCCCUACAGCUGCACCCGGACCGGAACCAGGACGACCCGAAAGCCCAAGACAAGUUCGCAGACCUGGGGGCAGCUUAUGAGGUUCUCUCAGAUGAAGAGAAGAGGAAACAGUACGACAUGUACGGAGAGGACGGACUCAAAGAAGGUCACCACAGUUCACACAAUGACAUCUUCUCCAGUUUCUUCGGUGACUUUGGUUUCAUGUUUGGAGGAAACCGACAGCAGCAGGACAGAAACAUCCCCAGAGGAAAUGACAUCAUACUAGACCUGGAGGUCACGCUGGAAGAGGUGUAUUCUGGGAACUUUGUGGAGGUUGUUCGGAACAAGCCCAUCGCCAAAGAAGCUCCGGGCAAGAGGAAGUGCAACUGUAGACAGGAAAUGAGGACAACGCAGCUCGGACCCGGACGCUUCCAGAUGACGCAGGAGACGGUGUGUGACGAGUGUCCCAAUGUCAAGCUGGUGAAUGAAGAAAGAACUCUGGAGGUGGAGAUUGAACAGGGAGUGAGAGAUGAGAUGGAAUAUCCUUUCAUCGGAGAAGGAGAACCUCACAUCGACGGUGAACCUGGAGAUUUACGCUUCCGCAUCAAAGUGUUGAAACACCCCGUGUUUGAGCGCAGAGGUGACGACCUCUACACCAACGUCACCAUCUCCCUGGUGGAGGCGCUGGUCGGCUUUGAGAUGGACAUCGUACAUUUGGACGGACACAAGGUUCACAUCGUGAGAGAUAAAAUCACCAAACCCAGCGCUCGCAUGUGGAAGAAAGGAGAAGGUCUCCCCAACUUUGACAACGUCAACAUCCGCGGCUCGCUCAUCAUCACCUUUGACGUGGAGUUUCCUCAGACGCAGCUCGACGAGCAGCAGAAAGAUGGUAUUCGUGGUCUCCUGAAACAAAGCUCCGUACAGAAGGUUUACAACGGACUACAAGGAUAUUAACACACACACACACACACACUGAGACACACAGUCUGGACUGAGACACACACACACACACACACACACACACACACAGGGUCAGGGUGUAUAUUUAUUAUUCUUUUUUUUCAGAUUGUUCUCAGGACGGAUUGAACCCACUUUUGUUUUUAUUUUUUAACGUUUGACACAAAGACGUGUUUGGUUUGAUUUGUCUUUGUUGUUAUUGUCCUUGUAUUAUAUGAUAUUAUAUUAUAUAAUAAUAAUUUGUUUUGGUGUAUUUUAUAAAAUUAAAGUCACCGCCUUCACCUGAUGAACCGAUGAACUGGAAGAAGAAGAAGAAAGUCCACAGAUUAACGUCCGCUGAAUUCUUUAUUUGUUUUUGUGAUAAAUGAGUUUCUUUUUUGUUCAGGAAGAACUCUGGACGCUCUGGUCUCCACGUUCUCUGCGUUAGGAGUUGAACUCUUAAAUGAAGCAGUGAAUUUGAAUCAUAGUGAGGAGGAAACCCGGUCACCGCUGCUUCAGCGUCUCUCUCUCUCUCUCUCUCUGUGUGUUUGAAAACCUUUUUAAACGUUUGCUGCCUCCAGGUUUUUCUGGGCGAGUCCGAGGCCUCACAUGUGAAUAACGUGGCCUGUUUUUAAAAGCACGAGCUCUGGAGGGAGAUUGUUGUACUUUUGACUGAAAAAAAUAAAAAGAUUUCUACAAA